GCAUGGAUUCUCUCUGAGUCUGUGUGUGUACACAACAAGUUCCGGAAGAUGUGUUGUGACUGUGAGAGGGCCUACCCGUAAGUGGAACUUUUAGUUUUGUGAUGGGAAAGGACAUAAGCUAGAAAGAGCAGAACAAAUACAUCACCCCAGUGUGGUCUGACUACUACUAUUAAAUGACUUUACAGGACGUGAGAAUCUGCAAAUCAAAAUUGCCUAUUUGAUGCUAGAGACAACGUCCACCAUUUAUUUAGAAUGGCUGGUAGGCCUCAGAACAGUGGAUUUGAAGCCUCGGCAAUAACUGUACUAAAGAGGGCGGUAGAGCUAGAUGGCAAAGGUCGAUUUACAGAAUCACUUGUGUGUUACCAAGAGGGGCUGAAUCUACUCAUGGAAGUUCUGAAAGUGACCACCGAUGAUGUAAAGAAGCAGGCAUUUCGUACACGAAUCAGAGAAUACAUGGACAGAGCAGAGAAGGUCAAACAACAUGUCGAGCAAGAAAAGGAAGCUGGGAAGUACCAUGAACAGAUUCACAUUGUAGCUGACUCCACUAAUAACAGCUACAGUAGAAUCUUGGGUCCAUUCUUGGAUGAGUUUACAACUGAAGUUCAUGUGGAGGAUCCUUACAUCAGGUCUGCCCAUCAGAUUUAUAACUUUCUGAGGCUGUGUGAACUUCUUGUUGGAGGCAAGACGAAGGUCAAAAGGAUCUCAUUGACAACAGGCAGGGAUGAGCAGGGGAAUGCUCAAACUCAGCAAGGAAGACUAGAUGAGCUGAAAAGAAGCCUAUCUGAUUAUGGUGUAACGCUUGAUGUCAAUUACUCAUCAACACUGCAUGACCGAGAAAUCAGAUUAAACAAUGGCUGGAUCAUCAAGAUUGGCAGAGGUCUGGACUAUUUCAAGAAUACUGGAAAAUUCAGCAUUGGUUUCUGUGACAUGGACCUUCGUAAAUGUCAGGAGACGACUGUAGACAUUUUCCAUUCCAAGCACACUGCCCAAAACAGAUGAUGCUUGUAUUUGAUGUACAUAGUGUGAAUAUUGUAAUAUCAAUAACAGUAGCGAAACUGCAUAUUCACAUAUUGGUAUUAAUUUGGGUAAAUGGGUACCAGAUCCAAGGGUUCUUUUCCAUCACUUAACUUCCCUAAGACACUGGAAACGACGAGCUCUAUCAUGCAGUUGGCUCAUCCCAUCCCAUCACCCCCCCCCCCCCCAACCUGGGCCCAAUUUUUACCUUGAAAAAGAAAUUUGUAAUUUUCACCCAAAAGUCUUAUGUUAUAAAGACGGUAAGGGUAGUUCGCAUCCUGCAAAAAUUAUCUGGUCAGAAGUGCCCCUGUAGAUCAGAAAUAAUUACAAGUAGGACAAGCAAUCUGAAGCUCCAAAGAGAUUGCAUGCUGCGCUUUUUGGAGAUUCAAAUUUCCCUGGUGUUCAUUUGUGAAUACUGCAGACACUUAUGCGGUUGGUACCCACCCACUGUUAGCUCGCUAAACAGGAUGCAUUAAACAUUCUUGAUGAAAAUACUGUGCAAUUUCUUUGUUGUCUCAACAAGUUUACAAUGGAUUUAGCUGAAACAUUCACAGGUACCUUUAAUUAUUGUAUGUUCCUUGCCAAUACAGCCUUUUGAUAAAUACAUUGUCAAAGAAAACAAAUCUAUGACCCUACUUUUGCUGGGGUUUGAAUCAUGGUUUCAAUCAUAUUUUUAAAAAUUUUAUAUAAAUAUAUAAAUGUUUCAAGUUAAAAAAUUUGAGUCCCAUAUUUGAUCAGUUUAAUUCAAUUUGAUUCCAAUUGAUGUAGAUGCUGCUAGAAAUAACAUCUCAAACAAGCAAGAUAAGAUAAUUAUCUGAAACUUUUGAGGAAUAUUAAAGACAAUGUUAAACACAAUGAUAUUUGAACUUUUAUUUUUGUUUUGUAUUUAUGUCCAGAAACUGUAAAAAGUGAGGGGGCGUGGCAGAAUUAAACCAAUCAAAUCAAUGUUACUCGUAGAGGGCGCUGUAUAAGCCCACCGUUAAAAAAAUGCAAUGUGGUCCGUAGUACAUGCGUGUGUACACCUACAGUGUACACAUGAAGUAUGUACAUGUACAUGUGUGUACAUACAUGUCGUGUAUGUAAUUAACACAAGCAAUAUAAACACAAGAG